AUGUCAACCGACCCUCCACAACCAAGUCAUGAUCCUCCUCCACCACAACCACCAUUAUCAGAACACACAUUGACCGAGUCACCACCAUGCCAGCAGACCACGAGUACCAACCCUACUCCCAAUGAGCCAGAUGAUCAUACAUCUCACGAGAACACGCACGAGAACACGCCUCACAGCGAAACGACGAUACCAUCCAACCACAACAACACGCACACUGGACCAGCACAAGAAUACCUUGUCAAGACGAUACGUUGGGUUGACUUCAACACUCGAGAAGCUAAAGACGUACGCAUCAUUACACAGAAUGAAAAUGGACCAUGUCCCUUGGUGGCCAUCUGCAACGUGCUCUUUUUGAGAGGUGAUCUCGAGAUACGGCCGCCUGAUCGUGAAGUGGUCACCUUUGAAUACCUUGUUGAGCGAUUGGGUGAUUAUUUGUUGAAUCAUGGACCUUCUACUACUGCAAAUACUACAAACACUACUACAACAUCUACCACAAUGAAUCAUCAAGACAAGCCAUCCUCCACACCAACAAGCCCAAAUGACGAUGACAACACCAAAAUGAUCAGAACCAAAUCAUCAGCUCAAUCCAGCACUCAAGAGUAUGUUCUCACGUAUCGUUACAAUUUGGAUGCCGCAUUAUCCAUUUUACCCAAUCUACAAACCGGCCUUGAUGUCAAUGUUCGUUUCUCGUCGAUCCGUGACUUUGAGCCUACAGCUGAGCUGGCCAUGUUUGAUUUAUUUGAUGUGGACUUAUUCCAUGGAUGGGUGGUGGAUCCACAGGAUGAAGAGACAUAUCGAGUGGUUGCAGGAAAGUGUGGAUCCUAUAAUGCUGUGGUGGAAUGUGUGGUUCGCGCCGAUACCUUGAAUGAUAAAAAGGAUUGGACUCAAGAAGAUGAGCUUCAAAUGCAUGAAGGCCUUGUUGCAUCCUCGUUCCUUGAUGACACAGCUACACAGCUGACCUACUAUGGUCUACAGCAAUUGGCAGAUACCGUGACACCCAACAAACCAUUUGUCUUUUUCCGUAACAAUCACUUUUCAACGUUGCUCAAGCAUCCCGAGUCAUCAGGUCUAUUCAUGUUGGUGACAGAUUCAGGGCUGGUAUCACAAAAAUCAGUAGUGUGGGAGAGCUUAGGAGAUAUCGAUCAGGGGUCAUCCGAAUUCUUUGAUGGUUCAUUCUGCAAGCCGCAAAUGAUACAAGAUUUACCAGAAAACGUGGGAGCGGAUGGUGAUACGGAGCUUGACUAUGCAUUGGCAUUAUCACUACAGCAACAAGAGAUUAGUACAGCAAAUGAAAGUCGACGUCAACAAGCUAUUCAAAGGGAUCAGUUACGUCAACAACAACAACAACAGCAACAGCAACAGCAACAACGGCAACAACAGCAACAGUUGCGAUGGCAACAAGAACAUGAUUCAGCAGCAACCAAUGUGAAGAGGAAAUCAAAGCAGAAUUGUGUGAUAUCAUAA